AUGAACAAUUAUCAUAUUUACGACGAAAUUGGAAAGGGCCGCCACAGUCGUGUCUAUAAGGGGCGACAGAGAAAGUCGAUAGAGUACUAUGCGAUAUCGUCCAUAGAGAAAUCGCAGCGGCAGCAUGUGCUCACAAACGUAAAAUUCCUUCGGUCCUCAAAUCACCCCCGUAUCAUCAAGUUUCACAACUGGUACGAAACAAACAAUCACCUGUGGGUUAUUACCGAACUUUGCACAGGGGGAGACAUGCGGCAGGUGUUACAUCCAGAAAGUCGCCUGUCAGAGGCAGCUGUCCGCUUGUAUGGUGGGGACAUUGCGGAGGGUCUCAUGUACAUCCACUCACGUGGAGUUGUGUACCGUGAUUUAAAGCCGUCUAAUGUCCUUAUGGACUCCACCAUGGCAAUGCGGUUCUAUGAUUUCGGACUUUCGUGUAACUUUCCCGUAAACUGUGGAGGUGGCACGAUAGGGACUGCGAUGUACAUGGCCCCGGAACUCUUCAUGAAGGAGGGCGUGCCGUCCAUUGCAUCCGACUUGUGGUCUUUUGGAUGCGUGCUGCUGGAGAUGAGAACUGGAAAACCCCCGUUUGAUGCCGAUAACUUGGAAGAACUAAUUACACAAAUUCUCACGGAACCAUAUCAUCCCCACGAGGAGCUUUCUGAUGAGCUGAAUGAGCUACUCGGGAAGUUGCUAGUGAAGAACCCUCUAGAACGGGCAACGUGGGAAGAUGUUGUAUUGAGCCCUUUUUGGCAGGGUCGACUGCAUAUGCCUGCCGCCCCUCACCCACCCCAACCUGCUUUUGAGAGUUUAAAACAGAAACGGCUCGCUUCUGAUGGGGGAAAGGGUGACUUUGUGAUGACACUAGAGGAAGCCAAGAAGGCGGUAGAAUGGACUGUAGAGGUUGCGAAGCGCAACUUUAUUCUCACGCAACCCGACUCUGAUGGAUCCGCGCUGAUAUGUCUGGGUGUGUACGAUCGCAUUGACACAAGAGACCUCACUGGAGAAGGUGAGGGUGUUCGCGACCCUACGUCAGGUUCACUGAUAGGGGAUGGAAAUUCGUGUGCCUCCCCCUCGUCUUGUGUAGCCCGGGUGGGCUGUGACAGCAACGCGGGGCGGCAAGGUGACGGCGCAGCACAACGGGAAGGCGAUCACAACAGGGAGAUGGUGAGCGAUAUUGGUACAGCCGUUGGUGGUAACGCCGCAAAAAAUAGCAACGUGAAACAGUUGGUAGGCGGAGGUAAAUUCAGUACUGCUCUUAUCGAUAGCCUGUUGAGCCAUGUAUCAGACGCGCACGUUAGGCCGCUGGUUAUGAAUAAUCACAUCGAGCGGUUUGUUGAACAAAAGUAUGAUGCCAAAGCUCUAGGCUUCGAGCCGCUGACGAAGAGUCAGUUGAAAGCUUACGAUGAAGAACAAAAGGCUCGCUUUGUGACGAAAGUGUACCAGAGACUAUCGUCAUCCUCUUUGUCUUGCGAAGACAAGCUGAAUGUACUCUGUUACUUUGAAUCUAUAUGCUCGGAAAGUUCUACCGCCAAUUUUGUUGUGAGCAGCUCGAUCAUGACGUUGUGUCUCAAUAUGGCCGGCCAUCGCAAAGCUUCUUCUAGCUUCCGUGCCACGGCAGCGUCCAUCAUGGGCAUUCUUGUCCGGCAUGCCACAUUUAUACACCCGGAUCUCGCCAAGGUUAAUAUCCUUGCUUCAAUAGUGAAAAUGUACGCUGAGGAGGAGAGUUCUCGAGUACGGCGUAAGUUGGUUGCAUGCUACGGCGAGUUUCUCAUCUAUAUAGCAGUGCAGCAAGAGCGGGAGCGUGCCGUGUGGGGCGUUGACGUUCCCGCCACCUUCAAUCUAUACAGGAGCCUUUUGAACGACCCGGACGAUGUGCAGAAGCACUACGCCAUCAAAACCAUCGAAAAUCUGGCAUCGGUGGGUAACCGCCAAAUCGCACUUGACGCCUUCGUGAAUGCGGAAACGAUUUCCCUGUUGCUCUCUAUACACGCGUUACCUCCAACGCCAACUUGUGGUGAAUAUAUGCGAGCUGCCGCAGCGUGCACGGCUCUGAAACUUGCGAUGCUCCGGGAGGAACUCAUACCUGCUGUGCUGGAGUCCCCAUACCUAAAGCUUGAAGCGUAUGGUGGUGUACUUGCUGCACCUAGUCCAAAAUUGGCACAAGCGUUGUUGACGUUUGUAAACAUGACGUUAGUUAAGGGGAUGGUGGGGUUACGGCACGCAAACAUUACAAAGCUUGGGAAACCAGAUGCAACAAGCCCUUUCGCCUCUUCGCGGCUUACGGGAGACAAGGCGAAGGGGGUGCUGACCGCACUUAGUGGGGUCGCUGAGGCAGUUGUGCGCGGGCUUCGUAACGGCAGUGAACACGCUACAACAGCGAUGAAGGGAAAAACGUUGGUGUUGUUUAUUCUCUUAGGAUGCAUGGACGAGCAGCUACUGGUAAGGUUCUUCACUUCAUCCCGGUGUGUUGCGUACGCCGAUGGUAUAGCGAAGGACAAGGACAGCUACGUGCAACGUUGCACACAGGGCUUUGCUGUGUACCUGAGUUAUUUCUUCGGUUCACAGUUGGAAGGAUUGACUCACGGGGCACCGUCCUUCAUGAUGAACAACGUCCCCAGUGCUCUGUGUAACCUAUUAGGUACUAGGCACUUGUCCUCUAUGUUGCAGCUAAAUGAUAAAGUCUUUUCCAGUAUUGGGAAGUGUCUUGUGAUGGUGUCCUCGUCGUCACGCUAUGCUGCUGCUGGAACGAAUCUCCAUGAAUUGGUAGAGCUACUAGCGCAGAAUCGCGAGUUAGUGUUGCGCCACCGUCUUGUUAUUUCGAGUGAUAUUUUUCCACCAUAUUUGAGCAUGCUGGCCGAAUCUGAGAGUGAGCGCCGUUUCCUAUCGUUGCGAAUCCUUAGAGCGUUGAUUGUCCCUUUUGGCUCAGAGUCAUCUCGUCAGAAUGAGGAAGCACAGAAAGAGGGUGCGAUGUUGGACCGUGUGAUGCAGGUGGUAGCUGGUAUGCUGGGUGAUUUGCUGAAGGAGGUUGAGCCCAUCCCUGUUCAUGGUAUCGGAUUGUUGGCAACGUGCGGCGAGAGGCGACCCAAGACGCUUGCCAACCUUGCGACUGUGGAGCUCAUAGGCGAACUGGUUCGGUACAUGAUGCGAUCGAGGCAGAGCGGUGUUUCCAGUCCACUACAACUGGUCAUGCUAGCACUACAGACGGAGCGCGGUGGCGUUCUGAUGGAUUACCUUGCAGAGCAGAACUUUCCUGUGGAGGUGCUGCUGAACAUUUUGGUGAUGGCUGUGGAGAAGGAGGUGGAUAAUCUGCUGGAACCGUGCUGUGAACUCUUUGAACAUUUCCUAAAGCAGGCGGUAGCUAAUCCCAACGCUGCUGCAUUACGCCAGUCAGUUAUGUCCGUCGCACCACGGGCCCUGGAGACGCUGUGGCUCCCUCUGUGCACUUCUCCUGUUGGUACCACUGCAAAGAGUGCCGCGGCGUGUGUGUUGUAUUUUACGCAGCUUUCUCCAGAAGUGGGGCAGGAAUUGCUCUCUGAUGGUAACGUCCAAUACAUACGUGAGGUUUUGGACAAGUGUCGAAGUCCUGGAGCGGUUGUGUGUGUUAUACGUACCCUACGUCUCAUUCUUGAACGAGGUACGAAGCACGACGCGCAAAAGCUCAUGCCCUGGCUGCUUGGCUCACUGGAGGCUGCUGAGCAAGACCAAAAAUGCGGUGGCAUUGUUGCUUUGGAAAUUAGGGGUAUUAAAGAACUUUUACGUCCCUAG